UAUAAAUUUGAAAUUGGAUAUGUAAUAGAUUUCUCCAGAAGUUGAAUAAUACUUAGAAGAUGCAGUGAAACCACUACUAGAGAAAAUUGAGGAAUUAAAAUAAAAAGAUUUAUAGAAAGAAGAUCAGAUCAAAUUUCUUACAGGAGAAAUCAGUUAACUCAAAAGCUUGGUUUCAGGGCUUAAGCCAAAUGAGGAAAAAAGUAUAAAGAUAUAAUUUAUAAUUAGAAUAAGUAAAAUAAUAAUAGAAGCAAGAAAAUAAUGGCAAUCAUAAGGGUAAUAAUUAUUUUAUCUGGAAAAUUAGAUCAUAAAAAGAUUGAUCGACCUUAAACAGCAAUUCAAUAAAAACAAGAGUAAAAUAAAGAGAAGGAACAUAAGCCAUAAACUGGAACCAAGAAUUUAAGUUAAAGUGUAGUAGUAGAUAAGACAACUAAAAAUGAAGCGGAAAACAGUAAAUUGAUUUUUCAAAUUUAGCUCUUCCAAAAUCUCCAGAAUAAUCUGUUGAAAAAUAAUCUAAAACUACAUCCUAACAGUAAUAGCAACCAUAAUAAUUAAAAUAAAAGCCUGCUAAGUAGCCAGAAUAAAAAAAUUAAAAAGAAACAAAAACUUCAAAUUAAGGUAAUUUAUAUAUAUGAUUUAGAUUAACCAUAAAAAUAAGCGAAUAAUCAAAAGGAUGAAAAAAAGGAUGAGAAAAAAGAUGAAAAUAAGGUAGAUAAACCUAAAACAAAUAAAUAAUCUUAACCAUAAUAACCUCCUUAAACAGAUAAACCAAAAGAUUAACCAAAAAAGAAUGAUAAGCCAUUAGAAUCAAAAUAGAAUGGAGUUUAAAAAAAUGCUAAUACUAAGUAAAAUGAUAAAAAAGGAGAUACCAAACAAGAUGAUAAAAAAAUAGUUAAAAAAACCACUAAAGCUGUGGCUUAAUCAGGAAAUUAGCAUUAAACUGAUGAAUAAUUUUAGUAAUAAUAAGAAAAAGCAUAAGUAACUUAAGAAUAGCAUUCUGCAGAAAAAUCAUCUUAAGAAAAUCAUUCUGAAUAAAAUGAAUAAUAAGAGAAUAAUAAGGAAAUAAAUAAUUAAGAAAAAGAAAAUGUUUAACUUUAAAAAUAAGAAAAUGAAGAAUAGAAUUAGUUUUAGAAUAAUGGUAUUUAGGAAUAAAAAGAAGACGAAGAUUUGUUAGCAGAUAAUCUUUAAGAUGAAAAUUAAAAAAGUGAACCAGUCUAGAUUUAAUAGCAGGAUAUGUUUUGAGUUUAUUAAAAAUUUAUAGGGAGA